GAGGUACAAUGUCGGAGAGCAGUUGAUUCCCAGUUGGUCACCAGCCUGUUUAGGGACGGAAUUUCCUUAGGUGACACUGGACAGACUACCACACCCAGAAAGGUAAGCAUUUCUCCACACUUGUUUCAAAAAGGGCAGCUAAUAUUUCAGUGGUUAUCAAAACAACCUGAGUCUGAAAGCAAAUAUGACCUAUAGCCUACCCAUACUAGUGGUAAUCUUGCGUUCAAGUGAUGCUGUUGGACCUGUUUACUGUUCUGUUAGUGUUCUUGUGUUACAUCUUUUUUCAGUUGUCUUUGACUGUGACAUGUGUUCAGAGUACAUUUUCUCACAGUUAGUGGAUUAUUCCCAGUUAUAUCUUGCAUCCCAACCUUGUGUCCAACAGCCUGCAGCGUUAGAUGAGAUAAAGCUCAAAUCACCUACCAUCAAAGAGGAGAGGCUGGAGGAAGCCUGGGACAAUCAUGACCAACGAGAGAGACUGAGUACCGGUAAGUAAAUGGGAGACGGGCUUAAUCAAGUGUUUUCAUUAUGCCUUUUGGGAAAAAAAGUUUUUUGUAUUACACACAUCUCAUUGCACUUAGGUUCUGGGUCAUACCAUUUGGCCUUUUCCCAUAAAUAUGAAUAAAUCACAAUGUUAUAUUGGGGAAAAAAACAUGAUAAAUUAUUACGGUCAUGUAAAAUGAUUGCAAUAAUGUUAAACUGCGUACUGUAUACAAUUCAUGAAUUGAUUUAAUUAUAAGUGCAACAGAUUUCAUGCCAAUAUUUUUGGCUUUCAUAUAGACUAGAAAUUGCUCAUAUCCUUUGACUGAUUUGUAAUAUUUGAUGAUUACCUUCAUGAUCAUCCAGUUCAUAGUGAUUCACACACUGUGUUGUUCAUUUUGUAGGAGCUUUAAAUCACAGUGUUGAUGGAGGAGAAAGGCAUUCCAACAUCGAAACAGAGGCUGCUCAACCAAUCAGCAAACAGGAGAACGCCAGCUCUUGUAAAUGGGUGAGUGGCGAAACAGACAACAAUGAAAACCUGAGUGUGAACAAAAGAUCUCAAACCCCAGCAUUGGAAGAUGGUGAUGGAAUACUUGACCAUGCAGGCUUUGAUUGUAUGAUGUUUGAGCCCCCCAGACAACUUGGGACACUUAGCACCCAGGGUCCUGGGGCUGAUCUUCCCGAGUGCUCUUACUCUCAUGUGGAUGUUGUACCUAUUCACUCUGAUUCAGAGAAUGGUUUUCCCUUUUCGAUGUACAAGGUGAGUCACUCCAUAACUGAGCACAAACAACCUGUAGCUUACAGAGACAAUAGACAGAGGGCGCCGUUGCCCUCAGAUGAGCCUCACAUGACUGUGCGAAAAGGCAUUGAGACUGGAUCCAGUGCCUUGGUAAUGAUGGAUGGUUGGGUCUCCCAUGACAGUCAUAAUAAUGACGCUGUGAAUUACAACCGAGAUGGCACAGCAGGUAACCGGUUCAUUUGUAGUUUCUGUGGUAAGACUUUGGCUUGUCUGAAGAACCUCAAGACACACCUGAGGGUUCACACCGGGGAGAAGCCGUUCAGCUGCAUGCGGUGCGGGAAGCGCUUCUCCGACUCCAGCAACCUCAAGCGACACCAGAGCGUUCACACGGGGGAGAGACGCUACGGCUGCAGCCACUGCGGCAAGCGCUUCGCCCAGUCGGGGCACCUCAAAGUUCACCUGAGCGUACACACAGGAUGCAAGCAGUUUAGAUGCCCACAGUGUGGAAAGACUUUCAUAUCGGCCAAUCAUCUCAAGAGACACAUCAGUGUCCACGAUGGAGAAGAAAGUAUUUUACCAACCACUUUUCAGUGAGUGAAAGUGUACACAAACGUUCUUCAGCCCAGCUUGAACAAAAAAGGAAUUGCGUCUUGACUGAGGGAAUUCAUAAUCCAAAAAGUAUUCUAUACACUUUUGAAUUAGUGUCUUUGUAACUCUCAUUGAAGUUGUUUAUCACUUAUCCUCAGCCCACUGUGUGGAAAGCUGUUUGCGGACUCAAGUAGUCUCAUCAGAUACAAGUGUUCACACAGGAGAAAUACCCUCCAUCUGCAUACAGUCUGGGGAGGAGCUUGCUGCGAAACACAACCUUACACUUCACCUAUAGAGAAACCAUUCUGCUUGCUCAAGUGCUGGAGAUGUAUUGUCACUGACUAUACUAUGAACACGAUCGUGAAUAAUUCUACUUUUUAACAUUUUAACUGAACACAUUUUUGUCUGUAGGCUAUUUGUCAUUUACAGUUGAGGACUAGUCUUAUAACAAAACAAAAAGAAUGGAAUCAACAAAUAAUUUGUGUGCCGCCAUUACUAUUAAUAUUUCAAAAGUGCUGCAGGCAAUAUAUGAAAGGUGCAGUACAAACAGCGAUUGUUACAACUAUUAUUAUUAAUAUAAAAAAUACUACCUCUCUUUAGGAAAAACACUCCUCCAAGCCAAUCACUCUAGUCAAAUGAUAUCUCGCAAAGGCUCACAUAUGACAUUUUUGUAAUAUGUAUUCUGUUGCACACAUUCUUUUUUUUCCCCAGAAUUGCCCUUGAAAAUUGAUGUUUUUGUGAAAUAAACAAUUUUAAGAAAAAGGCCACCACAUUCCUGACUUUCUUGACUCUCAUCCAGUAGGAUGCAGAACCAGCUACUCAUCAGCAACACUAAAGAAGCACUUCCGGGUCACGGAAUUUCAGAAAUCUUCAUAAGUCUCCCACGUAAUAGUAGAAAAGUGUCAAUAACCUGUAUUUAUUCAUGAUAUAUGAAAAUUGUCUAAACAAUAACAAUGAUUCAUAUUUAAGUGACAUUUGCAUUAUAGUUGGGUUUUAAAACAUGUUCCAUGGUCAAAUAAAGAUAACACAUUUCUGUAUACAGCACAGCACUUACAAAUAUUGCACUGUACAGGAAAAACUAUUGAUUGUGUGUCCAUAAAACCAGGGUCCUGUCUACUCACUAUAGUCCCAUAGAAUACAAGACAGAUGAGUUUGAACAAAAAGCUAGUUCAUAGGAAGUGUUGCUGGCUUUUUACUCCGCCCCCUCCAAAUCCCCCAAUGCAACACACUGCAUGUGGCCAGCCAGCAGCAUACCACACUGCAUCCCACUGCUGGCUUGCCACUGAAGCUAAACAGGGUUGGUCCUGGUUGUUCUCUGGAUGGGAGAAGUGGUGUUGGCGGGCCAGUAGGAGGCAUUCUUUCCUCUGGUCUAAAAAAAAAGAUCCCAAUACCUCAGUGUAGUGAUUGGGGACAUUGCCCUGUGCAGGGUGCCUUCUUUCGGAUGGGACGUUAAACGGGUGUCCUUCCUCUCUGUGGUCACUAAAGAUCCCAUGGCACUUAUCGUAAGAGUGUCCUGGCUAAAUUCCCAAUGUGGCCCUCAUACCAUCAUGGCCACCAAAUCAACCCCAGCUUCCAAUUGGCUCAUUCAUCCCCUCUCCCCUGUAACUAUUCCCCAGGUCAUUGCUUUAAAUAAGAAUGUGUUCUCAGUCACCUUACCUGGUAAAAUAAGGGUUAUAAAAUAUAUAUAUAUAUAUAUCUAUAUAUAUAUAUAUAUAUAUAUAUAUAUAUAUCUAUAUAUAUAUCUAUAUAUAUAUAUAUAUAUAUAUAUAUAUAUAUAUAUAUAUAUAUAUAUAUAUCUAUAUAUAUAUAUAUAUCUAUAUAUAUAUAUAUCUAUAUAUAUCUAUAUAUAUAUAUAUAUAUACACACACACAGUGGGGAGAACAAGUAUUUGAUACACUGCCGAUUCAGCAGGUUUUCCUACUUACAAAGCAUGUAGAGGUCUGUAAUUUUUAUCAUAGGUACACUUCAACUGUGAGAGACGGAAUCUAAAACAAAAAUCCAGAAAAUCACAUUGUAUGAUUUUUAAGUAAUUAAUUUGCAUUUUAUUGCAUGACAUAAGUAUUUGAUCACCUACCAACAAGUAAGAAUUCCGGCUCUCACAGACCUGUUAGUUUUUCUUUAAGAAGCCCUCCUGUUCUCCACUCAUUACCUGUAUUAACUGCACCUGUUUGAACUUGUUACCUGUAUAAAAGACACCUGUCCACACACUCAAUCAAACAGACUCCAACCUCUCCACAAUGGCCAAGACCAGGGAGCUGUGUAAGGACAUCAGGGAUAAAAUUGUAGACCUGCACAAGGCUGGGAUGGGCUACAGGACAAUAGGCAAGCAGCUUGGUGAAAAGGCAACAACUGUUGGCGCAAUUAUUAGAAAAUGGAAGAAGUUCAAGAUGACGGUCAAUCACCCUCGGUCUGGGGCUCCAUGCAAGAUCUCACCUCGUGGGGCAUCAAUGAUCAUGAGGAAGGUGAGGGAUCAGCCCAGAACUACACGGCAGGACCUGGUCAAUGACCUGAAGAGAGCUGGGACCACAGUCUCAAAGAAAACCAUUAGUAACACACUACGCCGCCAUGGAUUAAAAUCCUGCAGCGCACGCAAGGUCCCACUGCUCAAGCCAGCGCAUGUCCGGGCCCAUCUGAAGUUUGCCAAUGACCAUCUGGAUGAUCCAGAGGAGGAAUGGAAGAAGGUCAUGUGGUCUGAUGAGACAAAUAUAGCUUUUUGGUCUAAACUCCACUCGCCGUGUUUGGAGGAAGAAGAAGGAUGAGUACAACCCCAAUAACACCAUCCCAACCGUGAAGCAUGGAGGUGGAAACAUCAUUCUUUGGGGAUGCUUUUCUGCAAAGGGGACAGGAUGACUGCACCGUAUUGAGGGGAGGAUGGAUGGGGCCAUGUAUCGCGAGAUCUUGGCCAACAACCUCCUUCCCUCAGUAAGAGCAUUGAAGAUGGGUCGUGGCUGGGUCUUCCAGCAUGACAACGACCCGAAACACACAGCCAGGGCAACUAAGGAGUGGCUCCGUAAGAAGCAUCUCAAGGUCCUGGAGUGGCCUAGCCAGUCUCCAGACCUGAACCCAAUAGAACAUCUUUGGAGGGAGCUGAAAGUCCGUAUUGCCCAGCGACAGCCCGGAAACCUGAAGGAUCUGGAGAAGGUCUGUAUGGAGGAGUGGGCCAAAAUCCCUGCUGCAGUGUGUGCAAACCUGGUCAAGACCUAUAGGAAACGUAUGAUCUCUGUAAUUGCAAACAAAGGUUUCUGUACCAAAUAUUAAGUUCUGCUUUUCUGAUGUAUCAAAUACUUAUGUCAUGCAAUAAAAUGCAAAUUAAUUACUUAAAAAUCAUACAAUGUGAUUUUCUGGAUGUUUGUAUUAGAUUCCGUCUCUCACAGUUGAAGUGUACCUAUGAUAAAAAUUGCAGACCUCUACAUGCUUUGUAAGUAGGAACACCUGCAAAAUCGGCAGUGUAUCAAAUACUUGUUCUCCCCACUGUAUAUAUGGAAUACAUAUUUUACUGUAGAGAAUUGUUUUACUGCCUGUCUAAACUGGGGUGGAAAAUACUACUACUACUACUACUAACCAAACAAAAAUAAUCCGUUUUGGAGGGGGACUUUGUCGUACAGACUGUUGCUGGCUUUCACUCCGCCACCUCCAUUGCUGCCAGUGGAUAGAUGCAGCUACAUGUUGCUAUAACUGGAGUCCUGUGGGCAAAGAGUUGAACAACUUUUGCAGUGAUGGGGAGCAUCCAAGCAAAGAAGAUGAAGAUUCUGUAAAACAGUCUUAUGCUGUUAUGAAGGUAGAUGACUAAUAAUGUGACAAAAUAUAUAAUAUCUCUUAUCUGGGAAAUGUUUACUACGGUUUCAGGCACCCUAGUUAAAAUGCAGUACGUUACAGCCUUAUUCUAAAAUGGAUGGAAGAAAAAAAAUCCUCAUCAAUCUACACAAUACCCCAUAAUGACAAAGCGAAAACAGGUUUUUAGACAUUUUUGCUAAUUUAUAUAGAAUAAAAAACAGAAAUCCCUUAUUUACAUAAGUAUUCAGACCAUUUGCUAUGAUACUCAAAAUUUUAGCUCUGGUGCAUCCUGUUUCCAUUGAUCAUCCUUGAUGUUUCUACCAUUUGAUUGGAGUCCGUGUAGCUCAGUUGGUAGAGCAUGGCGCUUGCAAUGCCAGGGUUGUGGGUUCGAUUCCCACGGGAGGCCAGUAUGGGAGAAAAAAAAAUUAUUCACUGGAUAAGAGCGUCUGCUAAAUGACUAAAAUGUCAAUGUCAAUGUAAAUUCAAUUGAUUGGACAUGAUUUGGAAAGGCACACACCAGUCUAUAUAAGGUCCCACAGUUGACAGUGCAUGUCAGAGCAAAAACCAAGCCAUGAGGUCGAAGGAAUUGUCCGAAGUCAGGAUUGUGUCGAGGAACAGAUCUGGGGAAGGGUAGCAAAAAAUGUCUGCAGCAUUGAAGGUCCCCAAGAACACAGUGGCCUCCAUCAUUCUUAAAUGGAAGAAGUUCGGAACCACCAAGACUCUUCCUAGAGCUGGCCGCCCAGCCAAACUGAGCAAUCGGGAGGGGGGAGGGCCUUGGUCAGGGAGGUGACCAACAACCAGAUGGUCACUCUGACAGAGCUCCAGAGUUCCUCUGUGGAGAUGGAAGAACCUUCCAGAAGGACAACCAUCUCUGCAGCACUCCACCAAUCAGGCCUUUAAGGUAGAGUGGCCAGACGGAAGCCACUCCUCAGUAUGGCACAUGACAGCCCACUUGGAGUUUGCCAAAAGGCACCUAAAGGACUCUCAGACCAUGAGAAACAAGAUUCUCUGGUCAGAUGAAACCAAGAUUGAACUAUUUGGCCUGAAUGCCAAGCGUCACGUCUGGAGGAAACCUGGCACCAUCCCUACGGUGAAGCAUGGUGGUGGCAGCAUCAUGCUGUGGGGAUGUUUUUCAGCGGCAGGGACUGGGAGACUAGUCAGGACCGAGGGAAAGAUGAACGGAGCAAUGUACAGAGAGAUCCUUGAUGAAAACCUGCUCCAGAGCGCUCAGGACCUCAGACUGGAGCGAAGGUUCACCUUCCAACAGGACAACGACCCUAAGCAUACAGCCAAUACAACGCAGCAGUGGCUUCAGGACAAGUCUCUGAAUGUCCAUGAGUUGCCCAGCCAGAGCCUGGACUUGAACCCGAUCGAACAUCUCUGGAGAGACCUGAAAAUAGCUGUGCAGCGACGCUCCCCAUCCAACCUGACAGAGUUUGAGAGGAUCUGCAGAGAAGAAUGGGAGAAACUCCCCAAAUACAGGUGUGCCAAGCUUGUAGCGUCAUACCCAAGAAGACUUGAGGCUGUAAUCGCUGCCAAAGGUGCUUCAACAAAGUACUUAGUUAAGGGUCUGAAUAUUUAUGUCAAUGUGAUAUCUGUUUAUAUUUAAUACAUUUUCAAAAAAUUCUACAAACCUCUUUUUUAUUUGUUAUUAUUGGGUAUUGUGUGUAGAUUGAUGAGGGAAAAAAAACAAUUCUAUCAAUUUCAGAUUAAGGCUAUAACGUAACAAAAUGUGGAAAAAGUCAAGGGGUCUGAAUUCUUUCCAAAUGCAUUGUAUAUAUUUUCCAUGUCCUUGUUCAGCCAUGACUCUGAGAAACAUGGGAUAUUACAGUUCUUCAGAUCACGUUGAUAAGAUAGUCUCGAAACUGAGCUCGUCCAGUUUAUUCUCCAGUGAUUGCACGUUCGCCAAUAGAACGGAGGGUAGAGGCGGUUUAUCCACUCGCCGACGUAGUCUCGUCAGUAUCCCGCAUGCCGUCCUCUAUAACAAUACAAACCGUACUAACAUAAUUAUCUAUGAGACGUCAUAUUAUUCAAAGCUUUUAAGAAAGGAUUAAUUUGGUUCCCUUACAGUAUAUGGUGAAGGAGAUGGGUAAGCCUGAGUGCAUCCAAAUCAAAGAGGAAAGACAGGAGAACACCAUAAGCCUACAGAAUGACCCAAGGAUCAAAGGUGGGUGCUUAUAUUUGUCUUAUUUCACAUAUGUACAAGUGUGUAUUAAUACGCAUGUGUGAAUUGGAAAUGUGUUUUUUUGCAUAUCCCACUCUCCCUGAGACACCCUCGGCGAGUGGGGUCAUGGCCAGGGUCUGCCAUUCAACUGCGACCCUGGAGCAAUUAGGGUUAAUUGCCUUGCUCAAGGGCAUAUCGACAGAUUUUUCACCUUGUCGGCUCAGGGAGAGUAAGUGCAAUGGAGGCCUAUAAUGAAAUGUAAAAUGCCAGUCAUAUGGAGUGGAUGGUUUAUCUAUAAUUUAAAAAAAACAACUCCAUCUUAAAAUGAUUUCUCAAAGUCAAGGAAAGGCAAUUAUCCACUAUUUUAUAUUUCAUCAAUUAUUUCCUCUCUAUAGGCAGUGUUGAAUCAGGUGCUGAUGAAGACCAAAGGGAUGUGAUUGGACACACUCAGACUGACAGUCUCUUUGAGGACAAUGAUCCGCACAUCAACGCAGACCAAGAGAGGGAGCGCACGAUCCAGAAGUUUCAGCAUACGAAAGUUGCACACUGCGUACGGAGGCAGGGAUACUCUGGCUUGUGGACACCAAGAAGCACUGAAACAGAUUCUGAGGAUCCAGCUUGUUCUUAUUCUGAGGAAAUUAGCCCCACUCGUGUCAAAGCUCACACAAAGCAACAACAGACUUCCUUAGCUGAGGAAAGCACUUUGUUCGCUGUUGAAUCUCACAAUGUGAAACCAGUGGCUGCAAUACUUGAUUCUGAACCCUAUGAAGCAAAAUAUCAAUCUAGCAGUAGUGAUAAUGAUUAUUAUGAUAAUGAUAGCAGUAAAAACAGCAUGUCUUACGAGGCUAGUGAAAACUUUGGAAAUCUUGCUGAGAGGUGUUUCUCUAACAGUCAAGUAAAUAUGAGAGGGAACACAGCAAGGCUAAAGGUGGGCAUAGUCCAACGCUACAUAGCAGGACAUAAAAUGCAACACAGGGUUGGCAAGCGAGAAAAACGGUUUGUUUGUGGCUUCUGCAGAAAACAUUUCACUUGUCCAAAGUAUCUUCAGUCUCACCAGCGGGUUCACACGGGAGAGAAACCCUUCAGCUGCUCUCAGUGUGGGAAGAGGUUCGGCCAAUCUGUUUAUCUGAAGAAACAUCAGACCGUCCACACUGGAGAGAAACCAUUUGUUUGCCCACUUUGUGGAAAGCAGUUUGCGGAUGCAAGUAAUCUCAUCAGACACAAGAGUGUUCACACAGGAGAAAGACCCUCCAUCUGAAUACAGUCUGAGGAGAGGUUUGCUGCAAAGCACAACCUUAUUAUUCACAGAGAGAGAAACCAUUCAGGUUGCGCAAAUGCUGGAGAUUGUUUUGUCACACAGAGUACACCAUGAACACAAUUAGUCAUGAAUAAUUCUACUUUUUAACAUUUUGACUGUAGGCUAUUUGUCAUUUUACAGUUGAGGACUAGUCUUGUAACAAAACAAAAUUAAUGGAAUUAAAAUAUGUGUGCCUCCAUUAAAGCAGAAAUAUGUAACUUUUUGGGCGACCUGACCAAAAUCACAUAGAAAUCUGAGUUAUAGAUCUGUCAUUCGCAUUGAAAGCAAGUCUAAGAAGUGGUAGAUAUGUUCUAUGUGUGCUAUUUCUAUGCUUCCUGUUAAGCUUCGUUUUUUUGUCUUUAAUUUUAUUCCAAGGUCAAAUAAAGAAUAACACAUUUCUUUAUACAGCACAUACAAAUAUUGCACUGUACAGGAAAAAUCUUAUCUUAUAUAAAGUAAAAACUCUUUAGUUAAGAUUUUUCCCCAAUGUAGUUAUACUUUUGUAACAUAAUUUUAACAUCACGCACUAUGCAAAGCUCCAAAAAAUAUUUAUUUCAUAUCAUCAGUGAUGGGAAAAGUACCCAAUUGUCAUACUUGAGUAAAAGUGAAGAUACCUUAAUAGAAAAGGACUCAAGUAAAAGUGAAAGCCAACCAGUAAAAUAAUACUUGAGUAAAAGUCUAAAAGUAUUUGGUUUUAAAUAUACCGCAGACUUUACCGCAGACUUUUAUUUUGAAGGCUGAAUCUGAAAACCGGAAGUCUUAUUGUGGAUAGAUGAAGCUACAUGUUGCUGAUAUAACUGGAGUCCCGUGGGUAAAGAGUUGAACCCCCCCAAAAAAUCCCUCCUUUAUAUAGUUUUUUCUCACCCAUCCACACACAGUACCCAAUAAUGACAAAGUGAAAGCAUAUUUUUAGAAAUUGUAGCAAAUGUAUUGAAUAUGAAAUACAGAUUACAGUUUUGAGUCGUCUUGGGUAAGAGUCAUCAAUUUUGCAAAUCUGGAUUUGGGGAUUUUCUCCCAUUCUUCCCUGCAGAUUUUCUCAUGCUCUGUUAAAUUAGAUGGGGAGCGGCGGUGAACAGCAAUCUUCAAGUCUUUCCACAGACUUUCAAUGGGAUUCAAGCCUGGGUUUUGGCUGGGCCACAUAAGGACUUUCACAUUCUUGUUCUGACGCCAUUCCAGCGUUGCUUUGGCUGUAUGCUUGGGGUCAUUGUUCUGUUGGAACGUAAAUCUUUGCCCCAGUCUAAGAUGAGCUGUGCUUGGUUUUCUCCAGACAGCGCUUUGCAUUCAGGCCAAAGAGUUACAUUUUUGUCUCAUCAGAUCACAGAAUCUUUUGCCUUAUGAUCAGUCUUUCACGUGCCUUUUUGCAAACUCCAGGCGUGAUGUCAUGUGCCUUUUUCUCAGGAUUGGCUUCCUUCUGGCCACUCUCCCAUAAAGCCCAGAUCGGUGAAGUGCUGAAGAAACUGUUGUCCUUCUGGUAGGUUCUCCCAUCUCAGCCAAGGAACUCUGUAGUUCAGUGGAGGCUGGUCGGAGGAGAUAUAGGAGGACUGGCUCAUUGUAAUGGCUGGAAUGGAAUUAAUGGAACGGCGUCAAAUGUGGUUUCCAUAUGUUUGAUACCAGUCCAUUUAUUCCAUUCCAGCCAUUACAAUGAGCCUGUCCUCCUAUAGCUCCUCCCACCAGCCUCCACUGCUGUAGUUCUGUCAGAGUGGUCAUUGGGUUCUUGGUCACCUCCCUGACCAAGGUCCUUCUUGCCCGGUUCCUCAGCUUGGUCAGACGGCCAGCUCUAGGCAGAGUCUGGGUAGUUCCAUAUUUCUUCCAUUUCCCAAUCAUGGAGACCUCUGUACUCUUGGAAACUUUCAACACUCUAGAAAAUUGUUUUAUACCCUUCCCCAGAUAUAUGCCUCAUCACAAUUAUAUCUCGGAGCUCUACGGACAGUUUCUUGGACUUCAUGGUAUAGUUUCUGCUCUGGCAUGCACUGUCAACUUUGGGACUGUAUAAAGACAAGUGUGUUUCUUUCUAAAUCAUGUCCAAACAAUUGAAUUGGCCACAGGUGGACUCCAAUCAAGUUGUAGUGACAUCUCAAGGAUUAUCAAAGGAAAUUGGAUGCACCAGAGCUCAAUUUGGAGUGUUAUAGAAAAGGGUUGUGAAUACUUGUGUAAAUGAGAUAUUUCUGUAUUUCAUUUUCAAUAAAUGUGCUAACAUUUCUAAAAACAUGUUUUCACUUUGUAAUUAUGGGGUAUUGUGAGUAGUGUAACUACAUUUAAUAAAUUUUGAAUUCAGGCUGUAACACAACAAAAUGUGGAAUAAGUCAAGGGGCAUGAAUAUGAUCCAGUAUGUGUAUAAUUAUAAUGGACACUUCAUGUUUUGUGGAUAAUAUUUACAUUUCCAGUGGGUGAAAGAGGGCUGUUAAGGUCACAAAAUUUCAUCAGCCGGUGAUUGUCAAGCAAAUAACUGCUGGUCUCACGGUAAUUGACCAAUAAUUAACAUAAACACAUUUAGCAUCUCCUGGCUUCCACACAUAGCCUACAAGCCACUGAUGCAGACCUUUGGAACAUCUACAAGUCUAAUAAAUCCAUGUAAUACUGUGCCUUCGGUAAGUAUUCAGACCCCUUGACUUUUUCCACAUUUAGUUAUGUUACAGCCUUAUUCUAAAAUUGAUUAAAUAAAAACAAAUCCUACACAAUCUACACACAGUACCCAUAAUGACAAAGCGAAAACAGGUUUUUAGACAUUUUUGCAAAAAAAAUAAAAAUAUAUAUAUACGUAUUCAGACCCUUUGCUAUGAGACUCAAAAUUAAGCUCAGGUGCAUACUGUUUCAUUGAUCAUCCUUGAGCCGUUUCUACAACUUGAUUGGAGUCCACCUGUGGUAAAUUCAAUUGAUUGGACAUGAUUUGGAAAGGCACACACCUGUCUAUAAAAGGUCCCACAGUUGACAGUGCAUGUUGGAGCAAAAACCAAGCCAUGAGGUCAAAGGAAUUGUUUGUAGAGCGCCGAUACAGGAUUGUGUCGAGGCACAGAUCCUUGGAAGGGUACCGAAAAAUGUCUGCAGCAUUGAAUGUCCCCAAGAACACCGUGGCCUCCAUCAUUCUUAAAUGGAAGAAGGUCGGAACCACUCUUCAUAGAGCUGGCUGCUCGGCCAAACUGAGCAAUCAGGGGAGAAGGGCCUUGGUCAGGGAGGUGACCAAGAACCCGAUGGGCACUCUGACAGAGCUCUAGAGUUUCACUGGAGCUUGGAGAAUCUUCCAGAUGGACAACCAUCUCUGCAGACGUUAUUCCAGUAGAUGGCCUAGUAUAGGCUUGGGCCUUCAGCAAGUGACUUGUGUGAGAAUGAGACACAAAGAGCCUUCUCUAGAAUAACCGCCUGAGCUGCAAAAUAAAAAGUAAAUACUAUUUAGGCUAGGCCUAUUCCGCUAUCUAAAUAUGCCAUGCUGUUGUGUGUUCUUUAAUGGCCAUAUAAUUGCAUAAUUUAUUUUUAUAGCCACGUGGGGCUACUGUGGUGAUCAUGUAACCUAAUGAAUCACACUUUUUCCAGUAUUUGGGAGCACGGACUGUAGGCCUUAUAUUAGGCAGUUUGAUGGUUGUAUUAGUGAAUUCCACUCUGUAUGUAGGCUUGUUAUAGCCAUUUGCAUUGCACAACCCCAUCACGCAGAGGCUAUAUCCAUAUCAAUAAAUGGGUCAAAACAAAAUAUUGAUUGUCUUGGCUAUAACCUGUCCUGAGCGACAUAGCCAAGUGGUCCCAAAUGUUCAAGACUAUCUAUAGCCUAUUCUUAUUGUCAGAUCUGUUUUCCCUAUCAGCCACUCCAUGUGCUUCAGCUAUUUUGUUUAACAUUUAUUUAGAGGCUAUAUUUAGAGGGCUGUGAGCUAGGGUAUCUUUUUAAGGGGAGCCCUAUAAUAAAAAGUUAUAAAACACAAAUAGAGUUCAAAAAUUAUUCCGCAAGAAUCCAGUACCCAAAAUGAUAGCCUAAAUUGCAAUGCCUACAAGUUGAAUGCCUAAUUUUCAUUUGGAUAGGACUAAAUUAAACAUUGACUGAACUGAAUGGAUGAAUUAAAUGUUCAAAUAUGUUGGAAUGACGAGUUGCACGCAUCAUGCAUGCUCUGCACUUUAUGAAGUAAACUCAUCGGAGUAAUAGAGAAUGGAGACUUUUAACUUGAAAAUGUGCAGGAUACAUCUUUUCGUUUUCCUUGACUUCAGUUUUGUUUACUGUGUUAUGCUUGUUCUGGUAGCACUUCUCACAGGUCGUUUCAAAUCAAAUCAAAUCUAAUUUUAUUUGCCACAUGCGCCGAAUACAACAGGUGUAGACCUUACAGUGAAAUACUUACUGACAAGCCCUUAACCAACAAUGCAGUUUUAAGAAAAUAAAAAAAGUGUUAAGUAAAAAAUAGAUAAAUAAAAAAUACAAAUAGCAAAUAAUUCAAGAGCAGCAGUCAAAUAAAAUAACAGUAGGGAGGCUAAAUGCAGGGGGUACCGGUACAGUGUGCGGGGCACCGGUUAGUCGAGGUCAUUGAGGUAAUAUGUACAUGUGGGUAGAGUUAAAGUGACUAUGCAUAGAUAAUAAACAGAGUAGCAGCAGCGUAAAAGUGGGGGUGGGGUGGAGGGGCAAUGCAAAUAGUCUGGGUAGCCAUGAUUAGCUGUUUAGGAGUCUUAUGGCUUGGGGUAGAAGCUGUUAAGAAGCCUUUUGGACCUAGACUUGGCGCUCCGGUACCGCUUGCCGUGCGGUAGCAGCGAGAACAGUCUAUGACUAGGGUGGCUGGAGUCUUCGACAAUUUUUAGGGCCUUCCUCUGACACCGCCUGGUAUAGAGGUCCUGGAUGGCAGGAAGCUUGGCCCCAGUGAUGUACUGGGCCGUACGCACUACCCUCUGUAGUGCCUUGCGGUCGGAGGCUGAGCAGUUGCCAUACCAGGCAGUGAUGCAACCAGUCAGGAUGCUCUCGAUGGUGCAGCUGUAGAACCUUUUGAGGAUCUGAGGACCCAUGCAAAAUCUUUUCAGUCUCCUUAGGUUUUGUUGUGCCCUCUUCACGACUGUCUUGGUGUGCUUGGACCAUGUUAGUUUGUUGGUGAUGUGGACACCAAGGAACUUGAAACUCUCAACCUGUUACACUACAGCCCGUUGGUGAGAAUGGGGACGUGCUCAGUCCUCUUUUUUUCCCUGUAGUCCACAAUCAUCUCCUUUGUCUUGAUCCCAUUGAGGGAGAGGUUGUUGUCCUGGCACCACACGGCCAGGUUUCUGACCUCCUCCCUAUAGGCUGUCUCAUCGUUGUCAGUGAUCAGGCCUACCACAGUUGUGUCGUCGGCAAACUUAAUGAUGGUGUUGGAGUCGUGCCUGGCCAUGCAGUCAUGGGUGAACAGGGAGUACAGGAGGGGACUGAGCACGCACCCCUGAGGAGCCCCCGUGUUCAGGAUCAGCGUGGCAGAUGUGUUGUUACCUACCCUUACCACCUGGGGGUGGCCCGUCAGGAAGUCCAGGAUCCAGUUGCAGAGGGAGGUGUUUAGUCCCAGGGUCCUUAGCUUAGUGAUGAGCUAUGAGGGCACUAUGGUGUUGAACGCUGAGCUGUAGUCAAUUAAUAGCAUUCUCACGUAGGUGUUCCUCUUGUCCAGGUGGGAAAGGGCAGUGUGGAGUGCAAUAGAGAUUGCAUCAUCUAUGGAUCUGUUGGGGCGGUAUGUACAUUUGAGUGGGUCUAGGGUUUCUGGGAUAAUGGUGUUGAUGUGAGCCAUGACCAGCCUUUCAAAGCACUUCAUGGCUACUGACGUGAGUGCUACGGGUCGGUAAUCAUUUAGGCAGGUUAUCUUAGUGUUCUUGGGCACAGGGACUAUGGUGGUCUGCUUGAAACAUGUUGGUAUUACAGACUCAGUCAGGGACAUGUUGAAAAUGUCAGUGAAGACACUUGCCAGUUGGUCAGCGCAUGUACAUGUCCUGGUAAUCCGUCUGGCCCUGCGGCCUUGUGAAUGUUGACCUGCUUAAAAGUCUUACUCACAUCGGCUACGGAGUGUGAUCACAUAGUCAUCCGGAACAGCUGAUGCGCUCAUGCAUGCUUCAGUGUUGCUUGCCUCGAAGCGAGCAUAGAAGUGAAUUAGCUCAUCUGGUAGGUUUGUGUCACUGGGCAGCUCGCGGCUGUGCUUCCCUUUUGUAGUCUGUAAUAGUUUUCAAGCCCUGCCACAUCCGACGAGCGUCGGAGCCGGUGUAGUACGAUUCAAUCUUAGUCCUGUAUUGACGCUUUGCCUGUUUGAUGAUUCGUCGGAGGGCAUAGCGGGAUUUCUUAUAAGCGUCCGGGUUAGAGUCCCGCUCCUUGAAAGCGGCAGCUCUACCCUUUAGCUCAGUGGGGAUGUUGCCUGUAAUCCAUGGCUUCUGGUUGGGGUAUGCACGUACGGUCACUGUGGGGAUGACGUCAUCAAUGCACUUAUUGAUGAAGGCAGUGACUGAUGUGGUGUAAUUUACGUAUGGAUUUUCUUACGAGCGUAACGAUACGUACGUUCAACCUUUUGGCAGGUAUCUCGCUCCAUACAGAUAUUUCACCAGAUGUAUAAAUGUGAAGCAUCCAGUUGGCGUUUCCACUCACUACCUAAUAUGGUGGUGAGAGGAAGCCCAGUGGCCGGCAGUGGGAGAAUAUUGCGCAAAAUAGAUUUAGGCCAUUCUGAUAAUUUACUCGUCAAUGAAACAUUUGAUCUCCAUACAGUUUUCAGUUUCCAAAACUAGAAUCUGUAACAAACAGAGUGGACUGCGUUUUGUAGACUUUAACCUUUGCCAAAGUUUUUUUUUAUGUGCGUUGUUUAGGAGUGCAAAGGCCAAUUUAGUAAUUGCACACUCGCAUUUCACAUAGUAGGUGUUUCCUAACGGAAAUAUGCAAAUAAAUGCUAGAACGCGCCAAUAGGAUCUCACUAACUCAUGCUUUGCCCUGCCCACCUCCUUGCUUGUUAUUGUUCUGCCCACUAUGAUUUAAUUGAUUUGCUCCCAUUGGAAACGACAGGCUCUGGUCUAUCUUGGGUUAGUUAUAAAACAUAUUUGGUAUAGCCUCUCCCUGGUGCUAACAAGAGACGCUUAUGGUCGCUGUGGAUAAAAAAUAAUAAUAAUCCCACUACCCGUACAGUAGGUGGCGGCAAUACACAGUAUCGGUUGUAGUUUGCCAAUAAAGCUAAACGAAGAAGAAGAAGAGAAGAAAAGAAGGAGAUUGAGACGCUGGUUGUACUUUGUUUACAUUUUAGUGAACUACACUAAAUUUGAUUACGAGGUGUCUGCAUCUAGCGGUUGCUUCUACACUACACUUCCAUUAAAAUUACACAUUCUGAGGGCAUUUUCGGUCUAAUAAUGGCAAAUGCCGUUGCUUUUCACACUCAACUAGCCUCCAUCAUGGAGGUUUUGGCAAACGCGGCCGUGGCUGAAAUCUGCGAGCUUGUUGACAAUGGCUAUGCGGUCCUGCAUUUAGAGAUAUCUCAAGGGCAGAAGGAGAAUGAAGCAUUGAGGAGAAAACUACGGAUGAUGGAGCUGAAAGCGUCUCGUGCGAGUGCUCCGAGAGCGGGAAUGGGAAGUUCCAUCCUCGCGCACAGUCGCUCUCGAGCUCACCUUGGCAUGGACUCAAAAAGGACAUCAAGCAGUAAGAUUUGGGCGUUCCAAUAGAACACAUACUAACUACAUUUAUUGGUUACAUCAUUUUAGAAACCAACUUAUCAAGACAUCAUUGAUAAAAUGUGUUGUGUGUGAAUGUUAACAAUUUCCCUUGUCUGCUCAUUUUAGGCGAGGUACAAUGUCGGAGAGCAGUUGAUUCCCAGUUGGUCACCAGCCUUUUUAGGGACGGAAAGUCCUCAGGUGAUACUGGACAGACUACCACACCGAGAAAGGUAAACAUUUUCCCACACUUGUUUCGAUAAGGGCAGCCUAAUAUUUCAGUGGUUAUCAACACAACCUAGGUCUGAAUGUAAAUAUGACCUAUAGCCUACCCAUGCUAGUGGUAAUCUUGCAUUCAAGCGAUGCUGUUGGACCUGUUUACUGUUCUGUUAGUGUUCUUGUGUUACAUCUUUUUUCAGUUGUCUUUGACUGUGACAUGUGUUCAGAGUACAUUUUCUCACAGUUAGUGGAUUAUUCCCAGUUAUAUCUUGCAUCCCAACCUUGUGUCCAACAGCCUGCAGCGUUAGAUGAGAUAAAGCCCAAAUCACCUACCAUUAAAGAGGAGAGGCUGGAAGAAGCCUGGGACAAUUAUGACCAACGAGAGAGACUGAGUACCGGUAAGUAAAUGGGAGACGGGCUUAAUCAAGUGUUUUCAUUAUGCCUUUUGGGAAAAAAAGUUUUGUAUUACACACAUCUCAUUGCACUUAGGUUCUGGGUCAUACCAUUUGACCUUUUCCCAUAAAUAUGAAUAAAUCACAAUGUUAUAUUGGGAAAAAAACAUGAUAAAUUAUUACGGUCAUGUAAAAUGAUUGCAAUAAUGUUAAACUGCGUACUGUAUAUAAUUCAUGAAUUGAUUUAAUUAUAAGUGCAACAGAUUUCAUGCCAAUAUUUUUGGCUUUCAUAUAGACUAGAAAUUGCUCAUAUCCUUUGACUGAUUUGUAAUAUUUGAUGAUUACCUUCAUGAUCAUCCAGUUCAUAGUGAUUCACACACUGUGUUGUUCAUUUUGUAGGAGCUUUAAAUCACAGUGUUGAUGGAGGAGAAAGGCAUUCCAACAUCGAAACAGAGGCUGCUCAACCAAUCAGCAAACAGGAGAACGCCAGCUCCUAUAUAUGGGUGAGUGGCGAAACAGACAACAGCCUCUUGCCAGAAUCAAAUGAAAACCUGAGUGUGAACAAAAGAUCUCAAACCCCAGCAUUGGAAGAUGGUGAUGGAAUACUUGACCAUGCAGGCUUUGAUUGUAUGAUGUUUGAGCCCCCCAGACAACUUGGGACACUUAGCACCCAGGGUCCUGGGGCUGAUCUUCCCGAGUGCUCUUACUCUCAUGUGGAUGUUGUACCUAUUCACUCUGAUUCAGAGAAUGGUUUUCCCUUUUCGAUGAACAAGGUGAGUCGCUCCAUAACUGAGCACAAACAACCUGUAGCUUACAGAGACAAUAGACAGAGGGCGCCGUUGCCCUCAGAUGAGCCUCACAUGACUGUGCGAAAAGGCAUUGAGACUGGAUCCAGUGCCUUGGUAAUGAUGGAUGGUUGGGUCUCCCAUGACAGUCAUAAUAAUGACGCUGUGAAUUACAACCGAGAUGGCACAGCAGGUAACCGGUUCAUUUGUAGUUUCUGUGGUAAGACUUUGGCUUGUCUGAAGAACCUCAAGACACACCUUAGGGUUCACACCGGGGAGAAGCCGUUCAGCUGCAUGCAGUGCGGGAAGCGCUUCUCAGACUCCAGCAACCUCAAGCGACACCAGAGCGUUCACACGGGGGAGAGACGCUACGGCUGCAGCCACUGCGGCAAGCGCUUUGCCCAGUCAGGCUCACUCAAAGUCCACCUGAGCAUACAUAAAGGAUGCAAGCAGUUCAGAUGCCCACAGUGUGAAAAGACUUUCAUAUCGGCCAAUCACCUCAAGAGACACAUCAGUGUCCACGAUGGAGAAGGAAGACUUUUACCAACCACUUUUCAGUGAGUGAAAGCGUACCCAAACAUGCUUCAGCCCAGCUAGAACAAAAAAAGGAAUCGGGUGCUCGACUGCAGGAGUUGAUAAUCUAAAAAGUAUUCCAUACACUUUUGAAUGAGUGUCUUUGUAACUCUCAUUGAAGUUGUUUAUCACUCAUCCUCAACCCACUGUGUGGAAAGCGGUUUGUGGACUCAAGUCAUGUCAUUAGACACACCGGAUACUACAUACAGUGUGGGGAGAGGUUUGCUGUGAAGCACAACCUUAGAAUUCACCUAGAGAGAAACUAUUCUGGUUGCUCUAGUGCUGGAGAUUGUAUUGUCACCGAGUAUACCACAAACACAAUUAUUCAUGAAUAAUUUUACUUUGUAACAUUUUGACUGUAGUGGGCUAUUUGUUAUUUACAGUUGAGAAG